UGUGGUGUUUCUUCCUGCUUUGUGGCGAAGAACAACAAAUAAAGUGAGUGCAGGAAACGGUAGGAGGCUCAUUGUGGCUGAGCUUUAGUGUAAAACGUCCAAGACCAGCAUGAAGACCAGCAUUGUAUUCAUCCUUAUCACUGUUGGGCUCUUAAAGGCCAAUGCAGAUGUGACCUUUGUGCAGCUGGCAGAGAAGCAGUCUGUGGAGCUCUCGUGCCCCCCUCAGCAGGACCGCGGCGGCCUCACGAGCCUCCACCUGUACCACCGCAGAGGCCAAUCUCAGAGCACCCUGCUGUCCCUGGCUCGGGGGAGCGAGGGCGAGCUCAGGCUGGACCCGGACUACAAGCGGCGCCUGCAGCUGUCCGGACGCAACUCCUCGUGGGUCAAGGUGACCCUGUCGCACUUGGAGCGAGGAGACUCGGGGCUGUACGUGUGUGAGAACUUGUACCAAGAAAACGGCUCAAAGCGCGUCUUCAUCACUCAGGAGGUCUUCUUGCUGGUUGACGCCUCAGGGAAGCCAUGCCAGUGCUCAUCCAGCUACCCCCCACUGCUCAUGACCAUCUUUUCAGCGGUGGGCCUCAUUCUGCUCAUGCUUAUGUGGCUUGCCGUGCAAGAGCGUGUGAAGACAAGGCGUCCUCCUCCUGCAGGCCCAGCUGUUGUUCCAAUCUAUGAGGAAAUGACCAGGAAGCGGCAAAACUCCGGCGUGCAGCUGAACAAGCAGGAAGCCCUGGAGGAGGAGGUCACCUCUCCAUUGUAUUCCAACACUCCUGUGAGACAAACGCAGGACAACUACUACGCCUGCCCCAGAAACAUCACCACCCUCAGAGCCUGAAUGGAAAUCUGACAAAUUAAAAAAAAAAAAAAAACUCAAAAAAACAUUGUUUUUAAAGACCUUUGAAUGGCGGAAUUAAUGUAUACUUUGCGGGCCACAUCCAGCCCACCAAUCAUUAAUUCAGCCAUUCCCCCCCCCUUAAAAUUGGUUAAUUUAAACUACUGUAUUAUAAUUGAUUCUUUUUUUUAUUAAUCUCAUUAAAUAAUUUGGUAAUUGAUGUUGUAAAAAAAAUAAGUCAAAUAAAAUGAAUGUUAAAUAAAACGAUAAUUGGUUAAUUACUAUUCUAAACAUGUUUAAAAUGCCAUGAUUUUAUUUUUAUUUUAUUAAAAAAAAAUACAUUUACAAUUUAUUUCGACAAAUCACUACUUGUGUCUAAAUAAAGCUCCAAUAUUUUUGCUCGGCACCAAAAUGCCAAAAGAUGGUGGCUUGUGUUAGGUGUAUUGGUUAUUAUAACUGGUGUAUAAUCUACAUUAUACUAAUAGGUCAGUGAUGCAGGGGAAAUUAAGACUAUUAUGGAUAACUACAUAUUGUAUUCAGAUAUGGUAUUGUGACAAGUGUAUUGCAUAUUGGAAUACAGUAUCCAGUCUAUUAUCUUAUGUGUAGAUAUACUGUAAAUAUUCCAAAACAUUAUUGAUAUAUUAACAAUGAAAAAGAUAUAAGGAAGUAGGAACAGGUAAGUCUAAACUUCUUCCUAUUCCUUUUCAAACAUGUAAAUGAUCAGGUAUGUGUAAGCAGGCAAUUUUGUACCUGUUUGUGUUCAUUUCUAUUCCGUAACAAUUUUUUUUUUUUUUUUUUUUGCAUUUGCUGAUAUUUUCAAUUGUUUUACUUUUUAAGUUACUGUAUUAUAUAUUUCUAAGUAUUGUAAUAGUUUAUUUUCACACAUGUUCAAAAUAAAAUUAAGAUUAAAAAUA